AUGCAGCAAGGUGACCACUCGGUGUUGAGCUUGAGACCUGGAGGCGGUCGUGGAGGAAACAGAUUCUUUGUCCCACGCUCCUCUUUAUCUUCUACCUCUGAUCUUACCAAUGGUGGAGACGCUCCUUCUUUUGCCGUUAAGAGAGGAGACUCGAGAUUUGAGGGUCGUGAGCUUUUGCGGUUCACCCGAGAACAGCUGCUUCAGCUUAGAGAGGCAAUCCAAGUUUCUGAUGAAAUUCUGAAGCUCAACCAGGAAAUUGCAUCUGAUAUUUUCGGCGAAGAGCAGAGCUGGGGCCGGUCAGAAAGUAUGCCUGCAAGUCAACCUCAAAAUCGUUUCUCAGACCCUGAUACCCGUGAUUGGCAUAGUCGUGCACCGAUUUCUUCCCCAAGUAAAGAAGGGUCAAGGGAAGACCAACGUGAACCUAGAGAUGCACAUACUUCUGGCCCUCCUCCUGCCCUGGUGAAAGCAGAGGUCCCAUGGUCAGCUAGAAGAGGAACUCUUUCAGAAAAGGACCAAGUCCUCAAGACCGUUAAAGGUAUUCUGAACAAGAUGACUCCUGAGAAGUACGAUCUCCUAAAAGGUCAAUUAAUGGACUCUGGGAUCACUUCUGCAGAUAUCCUAAAGGGAGUGAUACACCUUAUUUUUGAGAAGGCAGUACUAGAGCCCACAUUUUGUCAGAUGUAUGCUCUUUUGUGCUGUGACAUAAAUGGGAGGCUCCCUUCGUUCCCAUCAGAGGAAGACGGUGGGAAAGAAAUAACAUUUAAAAGAGUGCUUUUGAAUAAUUGCCAAGAAGCAUUUGAAGGCGCUGACAAGUUGAAGGAAGAGGUCAAACUGAUGACGGACCCAAUGCAAGAAAUGGAACGCAGGGACAAGGAAAGAAUGGCGAAGCUUCGAACGUUAGGAAAUAUCCGUUUAAUUGGUGAACUUCUGAAGCAGAAGAUGGUGCCCGAGAAGAUAGUUCAUCACAUCGUCCAAGAGCUUUUAGGACAUGACAAUAAAGCUUGCCCAGCAGAGGAAGAUGUAGAGGCUCUUUGUCAAUUUUUCAUCACCAUCGGGAAACAACUAGAUGAGAGCCAAAAAUCACGAGGUAUAAACGAUAUGUAUUUCCAACGUAUGAAGGAACUAGCAAUGCACCCGAUGCUAGCUCCACGCAUGAGGUUUAUGGUCCGUAAUGUUAUUGAUCUGCGAGCUAACAAAUGGGUACCAAGGCGUGAGGAGAUGAAAGCCAAGAAAAUCACUGAGAUUCAUUCUGAGGCAGAAAAGAAUCUCGGGUUGCGCCCUGGUGCAAUGGCGAAUAUGAGAAAUAAUAACAGUCGUGGUGGUGGUGAUGCCGAUGCAUCUGAAAUUCUUGGCUCUGGAAAUUUCCUGGGACGUUCUGGAACUGGAGGAAUGAUGCCUGGGAUGCCAGGGGCUAGGAAGAUGCCAGGGAUGCCUGCAACCGAUGAUGAUGGCUGGGAGAUGGCACGCUCUCGCUCCAUGCCCAGAGGCAACAGGCAGAAUCCGCAGCCCGCAGGGCGUGUUCAGUCUCCUGUUAUCAUCAACAAGUCACUGUCGGUUAACUCAAGACUGCUACCUCAGGGCAGUGGAGGUCUCUUGAAUGGUAGACCAAGUGCCCUUUUGCAAGGUAAUGGUGCUGAACCGCCUAAACCUGUUCCUACCCUGACUAGACCAACUGUGGAAAAGCCACAACCACUGCCACAACAGGCAGCUCCUCCGAUAACUAGUAGCUUGAACACAGGAGAGCUCAGUAAAAAAACCAACUCGCUUUUGGAGGAAUAUUUCAAUGUCCGUCUACUGGACGAGGCAUUGCAAUGCGUAGAGGAACUGAAAUCCCCGUCAUACCAUCCCGAGCUUGUCAAGGAAGCUAUCUCCCUCGGCUUGGAGAAAAACCCAACGUGUGUUGAACCAGUGGCAAAACUCUUGAAACAUUUGGUCUCUAAAAACGUUCUAACUCCGAAAGACAUAGGGAACGGUUGUCUGCUUUACGGGUCUAUGCUCGAUGACAUUGGGAUCGAUCUGCCCAAAGCCCCAAACAACUUUGGGGAGAUUCUUGGGAGUUUAGUUAUGGCCCAAGCAUCAGAUUUUGAGAUGGUGAAAGAGAUUCUAAUGAAAAUGGAGGAUGAAUAUUUCAAGAAAGCAGUUUUGGAUGCUGUGGUAAAGAGUGUUAGUGAGUCUCUGUUGGCUACUCAAGCAGCCGAAGUGGAGGCUUGCCGUAGUCUGGUGUAA